AUGGCCACCGUAACUGUCUCUCAGCCUGCUAUCACUCCUGCGAUACCGGAUCGGAACGACAGCAGUGAUAGUUCUCGCUCCAGCCAGACGAGUACCGAAAAGGUCAAACUCGCCUCCUCGCUCCAUACGUCAUCGCUACCAAAACAACGCAGUAGUCAUGACGGUCAAGGCCAGGUCGACCGCUCUGUUUCGCCCAAGAGGUGGAAGACAUUCAUCAAGGCCUUCAAGCACAUUCACAACUUGACUCCCAAGGAAGUAGAUGAUUUCAUGGCGUCUUAUGAGAUCUACAAUUUGGAUUGGGCCAACGAAGAGGAGAUGGUCAAGGCCUUUGGUCCCAAUUACCAACAGCGUGUCGGAGAUUGCCUUUGUGCCUACUACUCGGUGCUGAACCAUCUUUGUAGUCUCGGCGAUGUGGAGAAGAUGUACAUCCCACCGCUGAUGGAUAAGAAGGCGUCAGUCCUCGACAAUCAGCUACUUUACGAGGAGUCUGUCGCGAGGGAUAUCGGAUUGAAACCGGGGAUGAAGGUAUUGGAUCUUGGGUGCGGACGUGGGCGUGUUGCUGCGCAUAUGACGAGCUUCAGCGGAGCUCAUGUAACCGGCCUAAACAUCGAUGCGAACCAAAUUGCACAGGCAAAGGAAUGGAACGAUCAGUGCGGUUUCAGCAACGAGUUCGUCGUCCACGAUCAAAAUGACUUGCCUCUACCUUUUGCCGACGAAUCAUUCGAUGCUUUCUACGAGAUCCAAGCGCUCAGUUUAUGCAAGGACCCUUCGGCUUCCUUUAAAGAGAUUUAUCGCGUACUGAAGCCCGGCGCCAAAUUCUCACUGCUAGAUUGGGUUAGCCUGCCGCCAUAUAACCCGGAGGAUCCUGUUCACGCGGGACUCAUGCGUCGCGUGAAGCCUCUGGUCGGCGCUGUCGGCACUCCGACACCGGCCAGUUUUGAGAAGGCUCUCACUGAUGCUGGGUUUUCCGUUUCAAGAUCGGACAACCCCAGUAUAGGCGGCCUACAGGCUCCGCUCAUUGACAAAGUCGAUAUAUACUUUCGCUCCGUCAGGCGCGUCAUUCACGGGCUCGUUCGCGUACGCGCUCUACCUCCUCAUUUCAAAGUCCUCAUCGAUAGAUUAUGUCUUGACGGCCAAGCAUUCGUAAAGAUGGACAACAUGCGAUUAAUUACUACGACAUAUCGGAUCAUUGCGGAAAAGCCGUCAGUAUGAUGAGAUUGGAGAAUAGGUACAAUAGAAAGGGGCCAAAUGACGUUCUCAAUUUUAUCAGGCAGGUUUGAGGCGCAGUCAUCGGCAGUCGGAAGGAUCCGUCCAUUUUUCUUGGUAUGGGGCUCUCCAAACUUGAACGUCAUAAUCCACACACACACACACAUACAACACUCCAUCUAUCCUAGGUAUUCUUCUCGGAGAGGGGCAGAAGUUAUUUAUAGGCGACUCGAACCUCCACCAUUCCAUCACGACAAAUAGCAAUAUCCUUCAUCAUUAGCCUUCCAUUCGAUUUUCUAUCCCUAAAGCAAUUUUUAGAUUCUGGCAAAG